CCCACUUCGCGGAGGAAGGCGGAGAGGAGAGCAGGUGAUGUGGGCGCCGGCGGGGAGAUUUGCCGGCGACACCGAGCGUGGGCCGGAAGUGGAGGAACCGAGAGCGGCGCCGCAAGAGCUCCGGGCGAGACCGUGGCGACGGCGGCGGCCCCGCGGCUGGCGGAGGACGAUGCGGAGCGACGGAAGCGGCGAGGGGGGACGCUGCUGCGCAGCGCCGGGUUCCGAGUCCGCGGCCGACCCUGCAGCCUGCGAGCAGGUCUAACCUGCCUAGCCCUUUUGUGGGCACACAAGGAGCUUUGGGAUCAUGCUCAUUGGCCUCUGGCCUCUACAACCUGAGGAGCUGGGAGCACAGCAGUUUACUUAUACCCCUGAGCCUCCACUCGCUUAUAUAAAAAUUUGGGAACAUGGGAUCAACUGAUUUUCCUGUCAAAUCAAGGAGAAUGCAUUAAUGAAAGUACCUGGCAGAUACUUACGGAGAGCGACCAUGGAAAAGUCCUGGAUGCUGUGGAACUUUGUUGAAAGAUGGCUGAUAGCCUUGGCUUCAUGGUCUUGGGCUCUUUGCCGUAUCUCCCUUUUACCUUUAAUAGUGACUUUUCAUCUGUAUGGAGGCAUUAUCUUACUUUUGUUAAUAUUCGUAUCAAUAGCAGGUAUUCUAUAUAAAUUCCAGGAUGUAUUGCUUUAUUUUCCAGAACAGCCAUCUUCUUCACGCCUUUAUGUUCCCAUGCCCACUGGUAUUCCACACGAAAACAUUUUCAUCAGAACCAAAGAUGGAGUGCGUCUAAAUCUUAUUUUGAUAAGAUACACUGGAGACAAUUCACCCUAUUCCCCAACUAUAAUUUAUUUUCAUGGGAAUGCAGGCAACAUAGGUCACAGGUUACCGAAUGCAUUGCUUAUGUUGGUUAACCUCAAAGUUAAUCUUUUGCUUGUUGAUUAUCGAGGCUAUGGGAAAAGCGAAGGAGAAGCCAGUGAAGAAGGACUCUGCUUAGACUCUGAAGCUGUGCUAGACUAUGUGAUGACUAGACCUGACCUUGACAAGACAAAAAUUUUCCUUUUUGGCCGUUCCUUGGGAGGAGCAGUGGCUAUUCACUUGGCCUCUGAAAAUUCACACAGGAUUUCAGCCAUUAUGGUGGAGAAUACAUUUCUAAGCAUACCGCAUAUGGCCAGCACUUUAUUUUCCUUCUUUCCGAUGCGUUACCUUCCUUUAUGGUGCUACAAAAAUAAAUUCUUGUCCUACAGAAAAAUCUCUCAGUGCAGAAUGCCUUCUCUUUUCAUCUCUGGACUCUCUGACCAGUUAAUUCCGCCAGUGAUGAUGAAGCAACUCUAUGAGCUCUCCCCGUCUCGGACUAAGAGAUUAGCCAUCUUCCCUGACGGGACUCAUAAUGACACGUGGCAAUGCCAGGGCUACUUCCCCGCCCUUGAGCAGUUCAUCAGAGAAGUCCUCAAAAGUCAUUCUCCGGAAGAAAUGGCAAAAACUUCUUCUAACGUAACAAUCAUCUAAUGUUCCUUUUGACUCAUGCACUGUAUUUUAAUUUGUGCAGAAUGAUAAAGAAUGUUCCUUUCUAGAAAUGUGUCAUGUCUGUACUUGUCUGAAGAGUGACAUUAAACUUUGAAAGGACUUCAGUGCUCCUUUGAGAUGAUCCAAAUAGUUUUUUACAUUUGAAGAACUAGAAUUCUUGGGAUUCUUUCAUACAUUUUCAUCCAGCCUUUCAAUGUGGUUAUGUAUCCAUACCUUUAGUUUAAUAUGCCAGUGUAAUAGCAUAUUGUAUUCAAAAGUUUCUUGUUGCCUAAGUGGUGUGCCCUGUGUGACACUUGGAUUAAUGGCGGGGUGUGGAAGGAGAUUUGUAAAUGAGAAACCUUUGAGUAUUCACUCUGCCUUCAGUAAAUACCGGGACAGCCAUGGUGAGCAAACGUCUGUGACUGCAUUCUUCCCCUUAACAGCUAAAAUGAAGUGCAUGAUGGUAUUUUAUUCCUUGAAUUAUGCAAUGCAGUGUUUUUAAUGUAAAUACUACUGGUCAUAUACUGAUGUAUAUGGUAACCUGGGUCAUAUCUAUUUUUAUGUAAACUCUAUUUUGUUCUUGGCAAGAAGUGAAACUGAGGCCUGUGUGCAGGUUGCCACUGACUUUUGCUCUGGUGAAUGCUGAGAUCCAGCUUUUUCUUACAAAUAAAUGGGACCCCACUUUUCCAAUAUAAAUGUACCGUGUUUUGUUAGGUACAGUCUGGAUCAUGGCAUGUAAAAAUAGAAAUUUAGAAUUUUACUGCAGCUUUGAUGUGCAUAUUUGAACUUUUUAACAUUUGUAAUUUUGGUGGCAAAGAGAAUUUUAGCUUCUGUCAGUUUUGUACGUCUGCAGCUGAACCAUUAAUAGCAGUCAUAAUGACAAUUAGAACUUGUUUAAGAAUUAAAUUAGCAAGUCUUAUCAUUACAUGAUUGUACAUACUAUUUUAGAGAAAUUCCCACAUUUGAUUUUUAAGUCCAAUAUCUAAGUAUAUCUAGCCCACUAAAGUCAAGAUAUCAUUUAUUGGACUUUCUGAAAAUAAAAGUUACAAAAACAAAAGCAAAAAAGCUGUUCUUUGGUUUAAUGUUUCAGUUGUUAAUGAUAGUAUUGAAAGACAGUUUCAGGAAGUCUUAUUUAUUUUUCUCCUACAUGUAGGAAUGUGGGAGUGAAGGAACUCUAGAGCUUUUUCUUACAGAACCUAUUACCACAUUUAACAAUUAAGUGGCUAUAAGUGAGAGGUAGCAUUUAGACAUAUAGAAGAGUAAGAAAAAUCUCACUUAAAAAAAAAAGAGCCCCUUAAAACUUGCAGGAUUUACCUUAAAAAAUAUAAGCUAUGAGGUAUAAUUGUGCUAAGUUGUUUCAAGUUGUCCUCAAAAAUGAGGUGUAAUUGAGCUCUCUACAUUAUGUCAGCUUUAAUGUACCAUAUUUUGAAUAUUUUAGCUAUAUUUAUUGGCUUUGUGCAAGCAGCUAGAGCAGAGAAAUAAUGGGUCAAAUGUUCUUGACCUUAAUUUUAAAAUCUUCCCAUGGAGAUAGGGCUAGAAAUACUUUUGCCAAAUAACAUUCUUAUUCACUUUAUGUCAGUAUUUAGAAAAAAAUACAUUCUAGCAAGUAUGAUUUCUAAAAGACACUGUUUUUCUAUAAAUUAUUGUUAGAAAGUCAUGCUUUUUUUAAAAAAAGUUGGUAAUGCAUAUCGUGGAAGGAGUAUUUUUAUGUAUAAAGUCACCAUGAUUAAAGGAUAUUUUCCAUCUUCUCAAUCAUUGCUAUGUAGAAUGACUAUCCUAAAUAGUAAUGUAUUAAAAAGAAAAGAGUUAAUACAACAAAUGUAGUGUUCUUAGACAUGAGCUUACUUGGCACACCUUAAGACUUUCAUCAUUCUUUAAAGUUUACAGAGUACCUUCAUGUGUUUUCAUGUGAUUAUUUAGUCUACUGCUUGUGGAGGGAUUUAUCAACUUUAGUUGUAAAUAGUAUGCUGAUGAAGUAUAAAAGCUUUUUCUUCAUCGGUGUUUUUUUUUUUUGUUGUUUUUUUUUUUUUUUUUUUUAGGGUUUAUAAAGUUUUGUUUUUGUUUUUGUUUUCCCUAAAGCCAGGAUUUCAAAAGUUGUAAAGUACUUGUGUCCAUUCCCACCUUCAUUCUCUUCGGAUUAAGAGGCGUUGCUUCCUGCAGCAGAGGGAGGAGGCCGUGUUUAGGGUUGUAGCUCAUCUUUCUUUCCUGGCUUCUAUAUUUGAGAUUUCCUUAGUUGGGAAGAGGGUAGAAAACAAACUCUUGUUAACUGUGGUCCAUGAAGCCCAUGGCAUCAUUUUUUUAAACCAUGUCUAAUUUUGUGGCCAAAACAAUUGGUCUUAAUAAAACGUGAAUUCUUCAUGGGUCACUCCUUCAUUUGGACACAUGUCUUAGUGGGAAUAGAAGUGUUUCUGUCUUGUGUCUUAAUUUCUGGCUCAUUUGCAAGAGCAGCUGUUAAGAGAUUAUGAAUGAUCUUUAAGUUAUUAAGUUACUGUAAAUUUGGAAGUCCUAGAAUGAUUUUAAAUAUGGCAAGAUACAGUUUAUUUAGAUCAAAGUCCAUUAUUUUAAAAGGGAUUAUUGGGGGGGUGGCAAAAAGAAUACUAAAAAGGAUAUUACAAAAUAGAGAUAAUUUGUGACAGAUGAAAGAUAAAAGAUACUAAAUGAAUAGAAGUAGCUAGAAAGGGAAUGUGACCUGGUUCUUGGAUGUAGAUCUAGGAAACGAUUAACUGAAGAGAUUGGCAGAAAGGAUACCUCAUAGUGCAAAACAAUACAUUUGUAUGCAAGGCGUCUCUAACAAAGAAAGUGACUAGAGCACCUGACAUGGCAAAUACUUUGACUGUAAAAUUGAUAUUUUUAUUGAAAUGGCAUUUUCAGUGUUGUUACUGGGCAGCUUAAGCUUAUUUUUUCAUGAGGAGCUGUAGACACUUGGUAAUUACCCAAGUCCCAGCUUUGGUCAUAUGUCAAUUACAUUCUCUUGUUGAGAAUUCGUACCACCUGAUGCUUUUAUAUUCAUUUCUUAUUUUUGUAAGAUUUGGUUUGAGGUAGGAAUAGGUUUGUUUGGUCAGAUUACAGAAUGAAGGCCCUGUUGAAUUUUAUAUAAAUUUUCUUGCAAUCUCAGUUUAAGGGCAGUUUUUAUUAGUGUGUUCCUUGCUUAAGGUUGGGAAAAAUAAGGUAAACUUUUACAUAGGAUGUCACAGAAGUCCCUUCUAAAAUUAGGUCAUGAUUGAGGUAUCCUGAACUCUUGCACUGACCUCCCCCCUCUCCGUUUUUCCUAUUAUGUUUGACAAUAAUGAAGAGAAGAAGAAAAAAAAACUGUGAGAAAUAUUCGUUACAAUGCUUUUGGAUUAAUCCACUUAAAUUUAUGUAUUUUCAUAUCACUCAGGUAAAGUUGGAAAAAUGACAGAGCACAGACCUCUAUUUUUUAAAUCGGUAGGGUAGAAAAUGAAAAGCACUUCUGUUUAUUUAUAUUACCGUAUAUGCACAUCGUCUUAGCUAAUCAGAAAUAAUAUAUUCAUUUUAUAGCAAAAUAAAUGCAUUCAUCCUAGUUAUAGUCAACACGUUUUUGCCAAAUGGCACAAAUAUACCUCCAUUUAUAUUUUGUAUCUAAAAAUGUAGUUUAAAAAUAGGACUACGUAUAAGAGACACUUUUUACAAAAAGUGCCAUAUACACAUAAUGUAACAGGGAUGAGUGUGUGUUGUUCAACAUAAUUUAUAACAGUUUCUGUCAGUACAGUGAAUACUGAAAAGUCAAGUUGUUUUCAACAUAUUCAAGUAUAUCCAGGAUAAAAUAAGUUAACCCAGUUUCAUGUAAAUCAUAUUUUUGUUAUUUGCCAUAUUUUAUUUGAAGCAGUAAUACAGUUUUAUAACUCAGAUUUGAAUGUCAGCGUACACAAUGUGCUAGCCAUGGCAAGCAAACAUUUACAUUUGUUUUUUUUUACAAUAAAUUUCUUUUAGAAUAUACUUUCUAUUUUUCUGUACUGACAUAUGCAAUAAAUUGAUACAUUAAAAGUUUGAUUAAUGUCUUAAGA